UGAGUCGGUCGGUCGAGUCAAGCUGCAGUUGCGACCCCGAAGGCCCGAAGCAGAGGAGCCCAAGCCGAAAACCCCAAUGGCGGGAAUGCUCGGCGUUGGCGCCACCCGUUCCCGCCUCCUCCCCUCCCCGCUACCCCUAUUUACCAGGAGCGCUCCCCUCCACCUCGCACCCCACCCCCACCUCUCCCGCCGCCUCCUGCUCCUCCCGUCAAGAACCCUCGCAGCCGCAGCGACGACGAUGGCCGCCACCAACGGCACCGCCGCCGCGGACCCCGUCCAGGAGCAGCCCAAGGCGGCGGGCCCCUCGCCGGCGCCGCUGCUGCUCAAGGUGAAGAAGCUCUCGGCCAACGCCGUUCUGCCGUCGCGCGGCUCCGCGCUGGCGGCCGGCUACGACCUCUCCAGCGCGGUGGAGGCCGUCGUGCCGGCGCGCGGCAAGGCGCUGGUCGCCACCGACCUCAGCGUCGCCGUCCCGCAGGGCACCUACGCGCGCAUCGCGCCGCGGUCGGGGCUGGCGUGGAAGCACUCGAUCGACGUGGGCGCGGGCGUGGUGGACGCCGACUACCGGGGCCCCGUCGGGGUCAUCCUCUUCAACCACUCGGACGCCGACUUCGCCGUGAGGCCCGGGGACCGCGUCGCGCAGCUGGUCAUCGAGAGGAUCGCCACGCCGGACGUCGCCGAGGUGGACGACCUCGACGCCACCGUCAGGGGCGAGGGCGGCUUCGGGUCCACCGGCGUCUGAUGGCCGGCCUCGACGGAAGGCGAGGCAGGUGUGUCUAUCUAGAUGCUGAUGGUUCAUGGUGAAAGAGCUGCUGGCUGGAGCGACCUGUGGUUAUGUGUUUCAUCAACGGGAAGCACUGUCAUUUCUGAAUUUCCUUCCAUGUUAGCCAGGGUAGAUGUAGUAAGUAUGCAGUCUCUUGGAUGGCUUGGAUAAUGGUUAUGGUGAAAUAACUCAGUUGUAACCAUGUCUCAUGUUCUUCUGAAUUCCAUGGAAACUUCUGGGUGGAUAGGUUA